AUGUGCGAUCCCUUUGGCAAUUAUCUCGUGCAAAAAUUGGUGGCGCUGGCGCCCACCCACCACAAAAACCUGAUCUGGCUGCGGAUCCAGGCAGAUGUGCCGAAAAUCGCAGUUGACCAGCAUGGAACACGAUCUUUGCAGAGGUUGGUGGAUUGCAUUGACGACGACGUCCAGAUCGCUGUUUUUGGCAAUUCUAUUCGCAAUUGCGUUGUUGCCUUGAUCCUGGACCUCAAUGGCAAUCAUGUGAUCCAAAAGAUAUUAAAUGAUCGUGUGGACCUGCUCGCUACCAGCUUCUCUUUCGUGGUGGACUCCAUCUGCAACGAUAUGGUUCGAGUGGCUACACAUCGCCACGGCUGUUGUGUUCUUCAAAGAUGUUUAAAAAGUUGUGGGAACUCUCAAUUCCACCAAUUGGCGCUGCAAAUUAUGGCCAAUUGCCAGUUGUUGAUGGCGGACCAGUUUGGCAACUACGUCGUGCAGCAUCUAGUGUCCUACGGUGAUUCGGGAGUCAAUUCGCACUUGGCUUUGCAGGCUGCAGCGAAUUUGGUGAAUCUUUCUACUCAAAAAUUUUCUUCCAAUGUGGUGGAAAGGUUGUUGCGAUUGGACCGUUCGAUUGCUCUUCCAUUGGUCAAGGAACUGUGCAGACCCGAGAUUCUGGCUGUUUUGGUCCAGGAUCAGUAUGGAAAUUAUGUAGUGCAGACUGCGAUUGAUGUUGCUGAUGAUGAGCAUAGAUUGAUGAUGGCGGAGUUGGUGAGGCCAUUGCUGGUGACGGUGAAGAACACGCCUUUUGGACGGAGGAUCCAGAUCAAGCUUGAGACUGCCAUGAGGCAGGGACGGGUUGGGCAUGGAACACAGAGCGCUAUUCAAUUUCAGGGUCAAAAUAUGGGUCAAAAUAUGGGCCAGAACGUUGGCCAGAAUAUGGGUCAGAACAUGGCUCAAAAUAUGGGUCAAAAUAUGGGUCAAAAUAUGGGUCAAAGACUGAACCAGACUCUUUACCAAAGCACUGGCUCGAAGCAGAGUCAGUUUCAGAGUGAAAUUUCGGGCUUCCAAGGCUUUCAGGGAUAUCAACCUCAGGCUUCUCAGGUUUCUCAAGCUUCCCAAGCUUCUCAGCCCCAAUUCCAGAUUCCUCCCCCAGCUCAAACUCUUGCGUUCACGCCUCUUUCCACCGGAUCAAGCACAUUUUCGCAAAUCCCCCACUCUUCCACGAACGAAUCACCUUUCCAGCGUUCGCUGAGCCAAUCCAGUGCUUCCAACCCGGGACUCCACUACCACUCCAGUUCUGGAUCAAUCGACCCGGUAACACCUCUGUUAACUCCAUCAUAUGUACUCUCGAACACCAGUUCGUCGUACUUUGCACUGAAAGGCCCUUCUCUCCCACCCUUUGGCCAUGGAUUUUCCAGCUCAAGCCAUAUGUCGCCAGGUCUGGGAUUGGAUCUGGAUGACGGAAUGGGUAACCUCAGCCUGGGAAGUUGGAAGUAA